CGAGCGAGCAGAUGAGCACGAACACUGCACACACAUCGAAAGCAUUUCCCUAGCCAGCUCACCUGGUUCACCUUCCGAAGGAUGGAGAAGGAGAUGCCCCGGCGGCACAAGACCCUGCUCCUCUUGGCCGUCUCGGUGCUCGCGCUGGCGUGGCCAGCCUCGUGCGCCGACCCCGUGCUCUUCCCGGUGGCCAAGGACGCCGCCACCUCCCUCUACACCAUCCCCGUCAGGGACGGCGCCAACCACGUCAUCGACCUCGCCGGCCCGCUCCUCUGGUCCCCGUGCGCCAGCGACCACUUGCCGGCAAAGUUCUCGUGCGGGGACUCUGUCUGCAAGCUCGCCAACGCCUACCGCCCCCCCGGCUGCCGUGAGGCCAGCCAGCCGUGCAAGCAGCAGUGCAAGGCGUACCCGUACAACCCGGUCUCGGGGCAGUGCGCCGGCGCGAGCCUGAUCCACACGAGGCUCGUUGCCAACACCACCGACGGCAAGAACCCGCUCCGGCAGGUCUCCGUCCGGGCCGUGGCGGCGUGCGCGCCGCGGAAGCUCCUGGCGCGGCUGCCCAGGGGCGCCGCGGGCGUCGCGGGGCUCGCGGCGUCCGGCCUGGCGCUGCCGGCGCAGGUCGCGGCGUCGCAGCGCGUCGCAAGCAAGUUCAUGCUCUGCCUCCCGAGGCGCGACGAGGGCGUGGCCAUCUUCGGCAGGGGCCCGCUCUUCCUCCUCCCGGAGUCGGCCAUCGGGGACUUCACGGACACCACGCUGCUCAGCAAGAGAGGCAGCUCCGGCUACUACCUUCCCGUGAAGGCCGUCGCCGUCGGCAAAGCGCGGGUGCCCCUCCUCAGGGACGCGCUCGCCACCGGCGGCGUCGUGCUCGGCACCACGGCGCCGUACACCGCGCUCCGGCCCGACGUGUACCGCCCGUUGGCGGACGCGUUCGACAAGGCCCUGACGCGGGAGUGGAACAACACCAGGAGAGUGGCGGCGGUGGCGCCCUUCGAGCUGUGCUACGAUUCGAAGACGCUCCCUGGCCCGACCCGGAUCGGCUGGCUUGUCCCGGACAUCGACCUCGUGCUCCAGGGUGGAAAGACCAACUGGACCUUUAGCGGCCUCAGCUCGAUGGUGGACGUCAACAACUUCGCGGCGUCGUGCUUCGGGUUCGUCGAGAUGAAGCCGGAGAAGGGCGGGUACGGCGGGGCGCCGGCGGUGGUGAUCGGAGGGUUCCAGAUGGAGAACCACGUCCUGCAGUUCGACCUGGAGAGGCGGCGCCUUGGGUUUGCCAGGGUGCCCUUUUAUACGUCGUGCAGUAACUUUAAUUUCACACGGGCCGGCUAGGCUUCGCAUGUCCCAAUCGUAAGAGCCUGACGGCAUGUGUCCUGUAAUCCUGUUUCAUGUAUCUGGUCUUGGUCACCAGACACUCGAUACUCCUUGAUCAUCCUAGUGAACUGCCAAGUAUGUUAUCUACUAGUAAAGUCUUUAGUCUGCAAGGCAUUUGAGUGUUUCUCGAGUCCCUGGAAAUGCAAAUAUUAUAGAACUUAUGU